AUGAACAGCCAGGCAGAGAGACCACGUGCAUUUUUUCAGCGAGCGAGCGGGUUGUUACGUAAAGUCGACUACGAAGGUACCUACGCGGCCACCGGCAGCGUGAACGUGAUCCGCCCGCGCGCCCUGUUCAACCGCGCGGGAACGCCGUCCACCGCGUUCGCGUCCACCGCCGCGGGCAGCGCCACGUCCGCGCGGUACCGCCCCGGCACGCGCACGUGGAGCGUCGUCCGCGGCGGGCAGCUCCGCGGAUCCGUCGACGUCUCCGCGAGCACCUCCGGGCCGUUCCAUACAAAGCGAUGUCGGGGUGGAGUUCAUAGGCGUCAGUUGGAGUUGUGA